AUGACAAUUAAAAAUGAAACAGAAGAACAAUUAAAAUUAGAUUCAAUGUUGAAUUAUUUCGAACAACAAUUGGCAAAGUUUCAAAAUGAUUUAAAUCAUAUCACAGCAAAUCAAUCAAUUUAUCAAUCAAAAUCAUUUGAUGAUAAUAAUAAUAGUGAUAAUAAUACAAUUAUUUCUUCAUUGAAAUCUUCCAGUUUAAAUGCUGACAAUUCGUUCAAUUUGUAUUGGUCUCAUUUAAAACAAUCAAUGGAUAAUUGUGAACAUCGAAUAAAUCAGCUGGAUCAUUGUUUACAAUGUAUGGUUGAUAUAGGUAAAGAUGAUCUAUUGAAAAUUGAACAAAAUUUAAACAAUUACAAUUAUCGAAUCGGUAAGACAGACUUGAAAUUCUCACAUCGUUUUAAUGAAUUAAAAUCGAAAUAUGAAAUUAAUUUAAAUAAAAUGAAAAAAAUCAAGAAUCAAUUCACUAAAGAAUUCGAUUCAUGGCGAGAAUUUAUGACAAAUUUAGAAAAAGCUGAACAAUGGUUAACCUUGAAUGAAUCACUUAGCAAGAAAGUGCAUUAUGUCACAACUGCAGACGAUAAUCAGCCACAAGAAACCAAUAAUCAACAAACAAUCCUCAACCAGCAUAAACAUGAUAAUGUCAUCAAUUCAAAUAUUUCGGAACAAGACAUAAAAUUCAUGAAUGACAAAGAAUUAUUAUCAAAACAAUUAUCCAAUCUAGAACAAUUAGAAAUCAAUUUAAAAGAGCAUGGAAUGAAAUUACGCGAACAAGUGGAACAGUCAGCUUAUUAUUUAUUAUUUAAUCUGAUUCCAAAUUCAAUUGAAUUUCUCAAAAAUAAACAAAAUAAAUUCAAUAGAAAAUCAAAUAUUAUAGAUUGUAUAAAUUGUACAAUGGAACACUUAUUGAAACGAUACAAUGAAUAUAAAGUGAAUUUACAAAUGAUUCACUCAAAUCUAAAUGAAAAAUAUUUAUGUUGGUCAAAAUUGAAUAAUAAUUUUGAACAAGCUAAUCAUUGGUUAAAUACCAUUGAAUUACAAUUGAAUACCAUGGAAAUUGAAACGAAUUCAUUAUCGACCAUAUUGAUGAAUGAUGUAUCACAACAACAUAAAACCAAUGAUUAUUUUGCUAUACAUCAAUUGAAUGCAUGGUCUAAUUCAAAAUUAUGCAUUUUAACAAAUUUAAUUGAUGAAAUGCAAAAAUACAAUGAAACUGAAUUAGUUCAAUUGAAAGAAAUUGUACAAGCGCAAAAUUCAAUUGAUCAAUUAUUUCGAGAAUAUUCCAAAGAUCACGAGAAUGCGACUAAUUCAACUAAUGAAACGAUUUCAUUAGAACAAAAUGCAUUGAAACAAUUGAAUAAUAUAUUUGAAAAAUAUAAUCAUUUAAAAAAUCGUUUAGACUCAUUAAUUCAAUUGAAUCAUAUUAUUCUGAAUUUAUGCGAAAAAUUUGUACAUAAACGUUGUGAAAUAUUCCAAUGGUUAAUUAAUCAACGUCAUGAAUUGGAGCGUUUAUUGAAUUCCACAGAACGAUAUUCCAUUCAAACUGAUUUGCGUUCAUUAUCAAUUGAUUUGUUAAAUGAUGAAGUGAUGAAAUUGUGUAAAAUGUUUCAUCAAACGAUCAAUGAUGUGGAAGCAUUUAAAAAAUCGAUUACCAAUAAAUAUGAAGAAGAUUUAGCUGAUUUGAUUAAAUUGAUUGAAGAAUUAAGUCGAAUGACACCGCUGCGAAUGGAACCAGCUGAAAUGUAUAUUAUGGAUUUGAAAAGAGAAGUCAAGGAGUUUUUUAAUCAAGUUACCAGUAAAUUAGAACAUUUUCGUGUUUGGAAUGAUAAAUGGUCAAAUUUUUCCCUGGAUUGUAAUUCUUUAAUUCAAUGGAUAAAUGAACAAGAAGCCCUGAUCAUUUCGACAUCGAUCGCUCAAUCUAGUAUUGAAUUAAAAGAUUCUUCUUUUCAAAUUACUAAUUCGAAUGUAGUUGAAAAAGAAUUAAGUCAGCUAACUGAUCAAGUUGAUCGUAAUCGUCAGUUGAGAAUCAUUUUGAUUGGGAAUCAACCAGCAAUGGAAUCGUUGAUUGUAAAAGCUCAAAGUUUAAUUAAACUUAGAAUGUUUUCUACUGGUGUAUAUUUAUAUGAUGAUAACGAAUGUAAAGGGCCUGAUAAAUCUGUCAACACAUCAUCAUCCACUGGUAAUUUACCAGUUGGUAAUAUAGCAAUCAAUAUAGCCACACAUAUUAUGCAACGAUAUCAAACUUUAAUUAGUAUCUGUGAUCGUCGAGCAGAAACAUCACAAACUGCACAGAAAAUGAUUGAACAAUUAUUGAAUUCAUGUAGAAAUUAUGAUCAAUGGGCUUGUGAAUAUCGAAUUAAAUUGUCCAAUGUAGAGUUUACACUAAAUUCGUAUGAUUCACAUUCUGUUCCUUUACAAAAAUCAAAUAACUAUUCAUCAAUUCGGUCAUCUAUGAUCGAUCUAGAAACGAAAAUCGAAUCAGGUGAGAGUUUUGUUCAACUUAUUAAAGAUUGGACAGAUCGUUAUUUGACAGAAUUAUUAGCUCAGGUUAACCAGCGACGUUCAGAAUUGGAAACUCUAAACCAUUCAGCUAGCAUAGAUAAUGAAAAUUCUGAUCAUAAGAACGAGUUAUUGGUUUUUGAUGGCAAACUGAAAAGUAUUUCAAAUUAUGCUGAAACAGAUUAUCAAGUACUUAAAGAGAUGGUUCGGUCAUUACGUAAUCGAUUCGAUAAAAUCACUCAAAAUGUUAAUCAACGAAGUUUAUCAAGAGAAAAACUCACCACAUGGAUCACUACUACUGAAAAUCAAUUGGAUUUAAUUAAUACCCAUAUGAAUUUUUCUGGUUUGUCCAAGAUUAUUUUAGACGCACCUAUGGAUGAUUUUGACAAAUUAAUAGAAAAAGUUAUUAAUUAUAUGCUUACCGCUUCAGAAUCAAUCACUCAGUUGACUGUGGACAGUCGAAAACAAAAUGCAGAGAUUAAGAAUUCUGAUUGUGUUGAUGAAAAUCUACAAAAUCGUUUUGAUAAAUUAAAUAAAAAUAUUCAAUCAACUCAUUAUGAUAUUUCGAAUUGUUUAAAAUUAUUUUAUCAAUUUCAAAAUGAAGUACAAACUUUUUCUAAUUGGAUAACUGAUUGUGAGAAUAAAUUUCUACGUUUAUCCGAUGAUGAUUCAAAUCAAUUGGCAAUGUUUCUUCAAUCGAACAGUUUAACUAUGAUCAUGAAUGGUGAUGAUGAUAAUGACGCUGAACAAAUCUUACAUCAGCUCGAUAUUUCUUGUCGAAAUUCUAUAUGCCAGCUGACUGAAGCUAAACAAAAACUACUGAUCAUCAAAGAGAUUAGUUCAGCUCUUGAAAAUCGCGGUCAUCAAUUAAAUAAACAAUUAAUUGAAUCCGGUGAACAGUUAACUAGUCAAUUGAAAAUUUUAGAGGAAUUUUCUGUGGGAGGAGGAGGAGGAGGAGGAGCUCAAAUUAAAUCAAUCGGAGGUGAUGUUGGACGAUCACUUAGCGCAUUGGAAUCAUCGGAUCGUUUAAGUGUAAUCAUUCAAAAUUAUAUCGAUCAGUUACAAUGUCGUUUAAUUAGAUUGGAUAAAAUUCAAACUGUGUUUACUAUUAAUCUGACUGAAUUAGUUGAUUGUUGGUCUGAUUGGAAAAAUAGUUUUGACAGAUUAAUUGAUUGGUUAAAUGGAAUUGCGACAAAUUUGAGGCGCCCAAUUUUUCAUUCACUUGAUUCUUUAUCAACUAAACAACAAUUGGCUAACAGUUUGAAUGCAUUUUAUCAAGAUUGUGUUGGAAAGAAGGCAGAUUUUGAUUUAUGUUUAUUAAAAGCUAAUCAUGUGAAAAAUUUAGCAUCAAAUUGUAAUCUACCUGAUCAAAGUGAAAAAUUAUUUGAACAAUAUAAAAAUACAUUGGAUACAGCAUAUGCCGCAUUGCAACAAAUGCAAAAUUCCGUGGAAAUUCAUGAACAAUUCGAUCAGAAUGUAUCUCGUACUACUCAAUGGCUUGAGAGUUUAGCUUCAAAGUUGAAUAGUUUGUCGACAAAUGAAAAUACUGAUCGUGUUGCUUUAGAACAAAAUCUACUGAUUUGUCAAAAUCUUUCAGAAACGAUCACAUUGCAAUCAGAAACGUAUAUUACUCAGUUAGUUGAAUUGGCAGAUCAAGUUUGUCGUACAACUGAUUCACUGAUCAAUAAAGAAAUUUUAGAUAAAAUUGAUGUAUUUCGUCAAUUAAUUCGUCAAAAUAUUCAACAGUUAACUAAUAUUCAAUUGAAUAUUGAAUCAAAAUUAAAUACAAUUAAUAAUUGGGAAAAUUUAAAAUCUGUCAUAGAAAAUAAUUUAAAUUCAACAUCACAAAUGAUAUUGAAUAUUUUCUUAGAAGCGAAAACCUCCAUUGAACAAAUUCCAUUAAUCACAUCAACUGUGUUAUUGAGUAUAAAAGAGGAAAGUUUAAAAAAAUUCGAAAAUGUUAAACAAGAACUUGAACAGAUUCAAUUAAAAAUUGAUGAAUUUAAAAAAUGUACAGAGAAAUAUAUGGAAUUUGAGCAUAAAUUAAAUAUUAUGCAACAAUUUGAUCAACUCACUGAAAAAUACACUAAAAUACGAAGUGAAAUUGAAAUACAUUUAGUUAAAAUUAAUCAAGAAUUAAAAAUUCUUCGUAUAUUUCACUCGAAAAUUGAUGAAUCCAAAAAUUGGUUAUUACAAAUCUCUUUAAAAUUAAUCGCUAUUCAUGCUACCAAUCCAGAUGGUCCACAAGGUGUAAUUCAUUUAGGACAAACUGAGAAUGAAUUACGUAAACAAUUGAUAACAUAUCGUGAACAAAAUUUAAAAGAAUUAAAAUUAUUCAUCACAAAUUGUCCAUCAGAAAAAGAUUUAAUCAUUGAAAUCGAUCAUGUGAUAAAAACAUUAUUUCAAACAACCAGUGGUGUUUCCAUUCAAGUUGCUGAACAAAUUAUGGAGAAAAUGAAUCAAAUCAAUGAUUCUAGUCAAUUUGGAAAAGAUGACAGUAAAGAUGAAUGCAAAAUUGAUCAUACGAAAACUUGGGCAGAAUUAUUCUCAUUGGAAGUUGUUCAAUUAGAGUCAACAUGUGAAAAUUUAGAAGUUAUGUGUAAACGUAUCAAAGAUAGACUAAUGGAACAACAACAACGAUGGGCUAAAUUUGUUUCAGUACUGAUACGAGUCGAUAAAUUUCUACGUAUAGAACUUUCUAAAUGGUGGUUGAUUAAUUCGAAAAAAUUUAUCAAUCAUACUGAUACUACAACUGCUUUAAUUAACAAUGUUGACACUGAUACCACUCAUCAUCAUCAUAAUGAGUGUGAUUUAGACGAUAUAGUACUGACCGAUGACGAUCAAUCACUUCAGUCGGAAACUUCAAAAGAAGUAGAAUUAGUAUUUUGUGAAGAAAAUCUAUUACUUGGAAAAACUCAUCAUCAUCAACAACAACAGCAAACUAAUAAACAAUCAACAACUUUACCGUCUAUACAAGAAUUAUUAGCUCAAAUAACAAAUGCUAAAGCUAUUCAUGCUAAAAUUCAAAUUUAUCUACAAGAGUUAUCCGCUGUUAAACAUCGUUGUUCAACACCACCUCCUCAACCAAUCGUAACUACAAAUUUGGUUUCAUCAACUCAGUUUUAUAAUCCAUCAGCAAUAUUAACUGAGUUAUUAGAUAGUAGUAAUAAUAAAAUCAUUGAAAAUAUCAAUUUCACUUCAUCUGUUAAUGGGCUACCUACUACUGCCACUGCUACUGCUACUGUUACAAUAACAACUACUGCUACUGCUACUACUACUACCACUUUAUACGAGUCAUCCAAUAUAAAAGCACAAAUAACUGAAGAGAAAAUGCAUGCUUUAAGUGGUUUAGAAUUGCGUCGAAGAGCUACCUAUUUGAAUGAUCAACUUGAAAUAGAAUUAAAACGAUUAGAUAAAUACAUUGAAACGUUACAUGAUUUAAAAAUUCGAUUAGAUCAACAAUAUUUAUGUGAAAUUGAAUUUCUUAAUUGGUUACAUAAAAAACAAAUUGAAUUUAAUCAAAUUAUAAAUUUACAACAACAAAAUCAAUCUCAUCAUCAUCAUCAUCAUCAAGAUCAUCAUAAUAAUAAUUAUUAUACUCAAUUAUACAAAGCAAUGGAUACAGUACAUUUAGAAAAUUUAUUAAAAGAGUUACAUUCUAAAAAAUCAAUAAUUGAACAAUUGAAAAUUCAAUCAAAAACAUUAUUAAUUCAUCAUAAAAAUACUGACGAUGAUCAUGCUAAAAUAUAUUAUUCACAAAAUAUUCAACUUAUUGAACAUGAUUAUAAAAUAUUGAUAAAAAAUAUACAAGAUCAUUUGAAUAAUCGUCGUUUAUUAACCAAUCAAGCUUUGGAAGCAACUAAAUUAACAGAUAAAUUACAUACUGAUCUACAUGAAGUUGUAAAACGUUCAAUGGGCAUUGACAAUGUACAAUGUUCAAUUGAUGAAGAAUUGAAGAAAAUUGGAAAUUAUAUUGAUCAAGUCAGUCAUGUACAAAAGGAAUUACAGAAUACAGAAAAAGAAGUGAACCAGUGUUUAUUGUAUGUGGACUUAAGGACACAAGGAGAUUUCCAAAUGUAUAUGGAAUUGAAACAUAAAGAAUUGGACAAUAUCUAUGAUGCACUUCAUACAGAAUUAGAUCAUUUCACUAUACAUUCAAUCUAUUCUAAUCUUUAUAUCAAACAAUUAAAUAAUAUUUUGGAGAGAUUAUGUAGGAUACGCAAAGAAAUCAUCAAACCUGUAACUAUUGAUUUGAUCAAUGAAAAUUCAAAUAAUAUUAUUUCACUUAUUAACAUUCAUGAUCUAAACAUUUCAAAAAUAUAUCAACUUCGAGAAGAAGCUCUACAUUUGAUGAUGACUUUUGCUUCAUUGAAUUUCAAGUUAAAAGAUCUAAAAACUUCAAAUUAUUAUUUCAAUUUAAUCAUUCAAAUAAAAUGGAAAUUUUAUGAAUUGAAUCAUUUAGAAUUUCACUGUGAAAACAUUCAAUCGUUCAAUAAUUCAUUGUGGUUAUUCAAUUCGAUUUUAACUGACAAUACACUGAAUCAACAAUCAGAUAGUUAUGAUUUGACAAAAAGUUUAGCUUUUAGACGAAGAGAAUUUUUAGUGCAGUACAAUGCACAGUGUAAAUUAUUUUUUGAAAAAUUAAAAUUUAUCAAAAUGCAACUUGAAACUAUUAAACAAAUGUUUACAUGUUGUAUAAAACAAAAUAUUCUUCAUCACAGUGAUUGUUUAAUAGAUUCAAAUUUGAAUCAGUCACCAUUUAUGAAUGUCAAUAGAUCUUUGAAUGAUAUGCUAUACUUUUUAAAGUCAUAUCUUGAACAGUUGAAAAAAAUCGAAUUAUCCAUUAGAAAUAUAGAAUACAAUUCAAUCUUUUCAAUUUCAAUGACACUGCAACAUAUACUUACAAAUGAGUCAAAACAAUUGGUUAAUAAUGAAUUAUGUAAUAUUUAUAAGAUUAUCAUAUCAAAUGUGAUUUAUUGUGAACGGCAAAUUAAUUGGAUUGUAUAUUUAUUGAAUCGAGUUGAACAUUUACUUCGAGAAUAUAACCAAUGUUAUAAGUCUAUUAUUGAUAAGCUGUUGAAAGAUUUCUAUUCAGUAAAACAAAUUCAAGAUUAUAUUAGGAAACUGGAUACCUUUCACUGUUGGCUAAAUCAAGUGGAAAGUGAAUUUCAAACGAUUAAAGGAGAUGGUGAUACUGCAUACAGUUCAAUAAACAUUUAUUGUAUAAAAGAAAUUCAAAUUUCUAUGAAACCUUUGUGUGAAUCUGUUGUGAUACAUUUGAAACAAGUAAAGGCUGUAAUUGUUAGUCAUUUGAUUAAUUUACACAAUCGUUUAACUGGAUUAAAUCAAUUACAAAUUCAUUCUAUUCAAUGUUGUCAUUAUGCAUCUCCUAUUGAUCAUGCGCGUAUUCAAAGUUUAUGCCCUUAUACAAUUAGUAAGCACUUUCCUGCCAAGAAAUCGAUUCGAAAAAGAACCAAUUCAUCAUCAUCGUCAUCACCGAAAACUACAGAGAUUAACAGAGAUUCUUUAAUCAGUCUAGUUUAUUUUUAUGAGAAGAAUAAUUUAUCAAGUUUUUUUAAGAAUGAAAAAAGAAUUAAAAGUAAUCACAGAUUAUUGAAUGAUGUAAUUUUAACUUCUAUCCAGUCAUCAUCAUCAUCAACUUCAUCAACUUUAUGUUAUUCACAAAAUGAAGAAAAUCAUUUAAAUUUUAAAGAAAUAAAUAAACAAAUUAUCAAAGAAACAUCAACGGAAGUUGUUAAUUCAACGAAUCGUACAGUUGAUAAGAUUUUAACAGAUCCUAUACCACUCUGUUCUGAUGAAGAUUUCAAUCUGACCCAUGAUUACCAUUAUGUUGCCAAAGAUUGGACGACAAAGAAGAAAAGAUUAAUAGAGAAUUUCUCAAGUUUUAUUCAGAAAUAUGAGACCUGCAGUAAAAAUAUUUCACUUCUUCAAACUGAGAAUAAGUUGGAAGAUGAAAGCACCACAAAAUUCCACUGUCAAGAUUACUAUUUUGAUUCAAUUAAAGAAAUGUCACACAAUAUAUAUUCACACACUUCCAUUCUGUCAUAUUUACCCAUGUUCAAUGAUAUUAGAGCUUCAUCAUCGUUCUCAUGUCGUACAGAAAAAAGUGCCAGUUUUAAGUUGAACGGCUGUUCACUGCAUACAUUGCUCUCAAAAUCAUUUAAUAAUUUAUUAGACAUUACCAAGAAAUUUCAAUUGGAUUUAAUCAGUUUUAACGAAACUGAUCUGACAGCAUUAAACACUACCAAUUGGAAUGAUGGUAUGAACUUUUAUCAAAAUAUUCAUGACAAUGAUCAAUGGUCGGCUAUCUUGAAUCCAUUUCAUUCUCCAUUGAUAAAAUAUUUAAAUUCUAUGUUAGAAAAAUACAGUGAUGAUAAAAAUGACGUGAUCAUUGAACAAAAUGAAUUGACGUUUAUAGAAUGUAAUCUAGUCAAUAUAUGGAAAUAUUUUAAUGAAAUUAUUUUCAAUGUCAAAAUGGAUUAUGAGAAGUUUGAUUUAAUUGAUGAUUUCAUCAAAAUGACAGAUGAUAACAUGGUGAUUAUUGAUUUCGAGCAUAUUUCAUCCGAUUUAUUUGAUCAAUUCAUCAUGUUGACUAAUGAAAUUCAUUCAUCAAUUAUAAAUUUAAAUAAAUAUUUAUCAAAAUUGUCCUCUAGUGAGCAUAAAAUAUUGCCAUUACCAAAUUUAUGGUCUACUCUAUUUAAAACAAAAGAUUUACUAUGCACAGAAAUGAUUUAUUCACGAAUUUUAAUAUUUAUUUUCUAUGCUGUCUACAAAUCAUUGUUACUUAUUUAUGAUAUAUUAAGUAUGUAUAAUUUUCAUCGAAAGAGCAAUACAUUUAAAUUGUAUCCUAGAAAUACUCAUACUGUAUUAAAUAAAAAUUAUCAGACAAUUCUAUUGAAUGAAUUCAAUUAUUUACAAUGUAUUUUAAAACAAAUUCAUCCAUUCCAUGUGAACAAUGCAAUAAAUCAACAAUGUGAUGAAUUGACGUUACAAUACACUACAGUGUAUUUACUUGAUAAAUAUAAUUCAAGUGAAUAUUCAUUGAAUUUAUCCAAUAUACUUAUUUCAUUAAUUGAAUAUUUUAAUAAACCAUUUAAUUUUUUAUCAACUGUAAUAACAAUACUAGAAAAUAAUAUCAAAUUAAAUUAUCCUCUAAAUAAUGAUCAUAAAAAAUCAGAAAAUCUUAUCGAUAAUAAUAAUAAUAAUCAGUAUAGUUGUAUGAAAUCAACAUUAACCAUAAUUCCAUGUCAAACUUUACAAAUAUUUGAAUAUUUAUUAAACAUAACUGAGUUGAUAAUUAAAACACCAUUAUUAACAAUCAAGGAGUUGGAAAAUAGAUAUAACAAGAAUUUAGCGUUAUUUACUGAUAUCCAUUUUCAUUGCUAUCAAAUAAAUUUCUUGAACGAAUCCAUCAAGAACAACAACGUCAUAACCGGGGAUGACCAACCAAUAAAAUGUGAAGAAUAUGAGGCAUCUGUUCAACAACAACAACGGAUUACAAAUCUUAUUAAUCAAGGCUUAAAUUUAAAUUAUAAAUUAAUGAUAUGGUCUGCAAAUUCUUAUAGCCUGUUAGACCGAUGGAAACGAUUAAGUGUUCAAGUGGAUUGGUUCAAUGUACAUGUACAAAACUUAUGGAAUCGAUUGCCUGAAACACCAGUGCCGAAUGCACCUCAAUUCAAAUUGGAUUAUUUAUUAUUGGAGAAUAAAAGAAAUCAAUUCAUUUGCAAUCUGAAAUUUAUAUCACCAAUUCAAGUAUCAAAUAAUAUUUUAAUUUCUGCAAAUUCUCUUGAUGCAUUAUUGUAUUAUAAAAGUUGGAUAGAAAACAUUUUUAAAUCUUUUAAAAGUUUAAUGCCCAUAUGUGAAGCUAUUUUAUGUGAAGGACAAUCAUUGACUAAUGAAUUACUUCAUAUAAACACAAUUAACAUUGAUGAAAAUGUUGUAGAUAUGAGUGAAAAUGUCCAGAUAUCAUCAUCUUUCAAUAAUAAUAAUAAUAAAUUUUGGAAUAAAGAGUUUAAACUAUUUUGGGAUUUGCUGAUUGAUUGGAUAUUUAAUUUAAUGAUUGAAUUCAAUCGACAAACAUUUUAUAUUCAAUUGUUGGAAGAUUGUGUGAAUGAUUUAACAUUGUGGAUUACAUCUAAAAAGAGUAAACUUCACCAUACCAUGAAACAGUUUAACAUUCAACUAAAACAAUAUCCAAAUGAUUUAUAUAGAAAUAUGAAAGCACUCAGUGAAAUUGAUCUAAUCAUUAGUGAUCUAUGUAUUAAUGAGAAAAUAGUUCAGUUAAACAAUUUAAACUUGUACAUUGAUCAAUUUAAUAAAAAUGACUCUCAUUGUCAAAGUUAUUUAUUUUAUUUUCGCCUUAUUAAUUCUGGUCGAGGGAUUAUUAAAACUUACAACGAGUGUCUUUCAAAGUGUAAACAAAUUCUAGAUAAAUAUCAACAAAUGAUUUUAGGAACUAUUUCACAAUUCUCAACUAAAACUGAUGAAUAUUCAAUAACUUUCACUAUCCUCCACUAUUUUCAUGACUGGUUCAGUUUAAUGAUUAAAAGAUUUUAUAAUAAUGAUUUAAAAUUCAUUAAAUCGAAUGGAAUUUCUGAUAAUAUUCUUUAUGCUAUAGUUGAAAAUAUUCACCAUCGACUAGAAAUUCAUUUGCCUAUUCUCUUGGAAUUAUUCAACCUGGAACAACGACAAUUAUGGAUCGACUACAAAGAUUGUGAUGACAAUGUGGCAUGUUCAUUUUAUUCAGAACAAAUUGUUCAAUGUAAGAAAUACAUUGAAACUUUAAGAAAAGUUCAAAUAACUUUAUCUACUGAGCUUUAUGAAUAUCAACAAUUAAAGUUGUGUUUCGAUCAAUUGUUCAUUGAAAUUGAAGUGUUCAAUAUUAAAUAUCCUGAUAUAACGAAGUAUACAAAUGUUGAAAAUAAUUUUUUCACAAAGUACAUUUUCACUGAGUUGUCGAAUAUAAAAAAGACUGAUGAAACUUUACGAAAAAGUCUUAUCUCACGUUUAAUAUCAUUGAAAAUUAGGACUGAACAAUUUAUAUCCACUUCGAAAUUAACACAGAUUACUGCAUUGAAAUCAAUAUUCAAUAUUCAUCAAAUUUCUGAAAAUCAAAUAAAUGAAAGUCUAUUCACAAAUAAAACAAUGAAUACAAUUUUAGAAAAGUUAAAUUAUAUCAAUAGUCAAUUUCAAAACAAAAUUGAACAUAAUUAUUCCAUGGAAAAUCAUCAAUUAUUGUUUUCAAAUUAUAAUUGUUUAAAAUCAGUGAUUAUUGAAAAUUUAAUUAAAUUCUAUCAAACGCUACAUCGAUUAGUUCAUUUAAAUGGACGUGUAAAAUUUUUACAACAAAUAAGUGAAAAACUUAAUUUGAUCAACAAUUUUGACAAUUCUAAAUUCUAUAUGUAUCAUCAUCGUCUCACCUCAUCUUUGAUGUUGAAUUUUAAGAAUGAAAUUCAAGUAUUAAAGGAAUAUUGGACAUAUAACAAUAGUAGUGAUGUUAUGAUUGACACUGACCAAUCAUUUGUUAAACAAUCAAUUUUUCAACAAUUUAUAAAUUAUGGUCAUAGAAUUUUAAAUUUAGUUCAGUGUGAAAUGAAUUGUUCCAUUUGUGAAUAUAUUCAGAUAUCCACAAAAUCAUUAUUAACCGAAUUCACUACAAUUCGUCUUACUGUAAUACAAGGACUAGAACAACUUUCUUCUAAUUUUCAUAUUCAUAUUAAUCAUUUUGAGAAAUUACAACCAGUUUUCACCAGUAUUCUGCAUCAACUCCAACAAUCCGAACAUGUAUGUGAGACAACUAUUCAAGAGUUAUUGACAACAGAUAAUCAUGGUACAUAUAGUUUACAAUCAUCUGAUAACAUUGAUAGUCAUAAAAUGAACAGUGAUAAUCUUGAUUUCAAUUAUAUACCACCGAAUUUAUCCCUGAUUAAUCUAGCUAAAUUAGCUUGUCAGCAUACAUUAUUAUCAAAUCUCAAAGAAUUUUCUACCAAAUCAAUGAUCAAUGAAUCAAUAUGUUCAUGGAAUCAACAAAGUUCUAAUUUAAUCAAAUUAACUGAUCUGUGUUUAUGUCAUGCAAAACAUCAACGUAUCCAUUGGAUAAAUAAAAUGGCUUAUUUACAAUCAACUCAGUUAUAUUCAACUGGUCUAUUCUCAUCCAAUAACAUUGAUGAUAAUAAUAAGUUGGAAUUUUGUAUUACACAAAAGGAUGAUAUUAUCAAUAAUCUCAUUAGAAGUAUUAAGCAUACAAUUACAGCCAGUCUGUUAAAUAAUAAUAUGAACAAUCUAUUUAAUUUGUCAUCAUUGAAAUCAUUAUGGUUGAAUUUAAAGUUAGAACAUUUAAACAACUUCAUGGAAUAUUUAACCGAUCACAUGAAUGUGAACAAUCAAGAUAGUUAUUAUAUUUGCGUAAAUAGUUAUCUUUUACAACAGUUCAAUAUAUUAGAACAAAAUAUUCAAUAUUCAAUUAAUAGUUUAUUUAUAACAAUCAAUAAACAUCAGUUUAAAUUUAAAUUAGAUGAUAUAAUUCAACAGUUUAUUAAUGUAAAUGUUUUCUUAGAUCAAUUAUUCAAAAUUGAAGAGUUACUUCAAAUUUGUUACAAUGAAUAUAAACAUGUCAUUAGUUAUCAUGUGAAUGAUAUGAAUAUACAAUUACUAUUAGAUUUAUCAAUACUACUCAUAAACUGUUUACAAGUCUAUAUCAAUCAGUUAACACAACAAAUUCAAUAUGAAAGUAAAGAGAUUUUAGCAUACAUUCAAACAAAUAUUAAGCGUUUAAUUGAACAAAUGAAAAUUAUGUUAUUAUUCGACAAUGCUGAUAAUGGUGAUGCUAAAACAUGUAUACAACAGCCCGAUCAUCAAAUUAUUCACAGAUGUACUUCAUUGAACAAUCCUAACCCAGUAUGUUCAAUGAAGUCUACAAGUAUUGAGCAAAUUCAGUUUAAAUUAUUAUAUAUGUCAUGUAUUCAUAAUCAGUUGGUUAAGUUAUGUGAAAUUAAUUGGAAUAAUAUGAAAAAUGCUAAAGAUAAAACAAUUUUAUUGCGACAAUUUUGUUAUUCCUAUACUUGUUUAAAUCGAAUCGAUCAAUACAUUGAAUACUAUAAUAACACUCAUUAA